AGUCAGCCGUCAAUCAAAUCAAAUAAUCACACAGUCUCAAACCAUCAAAGAAGCAAACAAGCUAGUUACUUGUUUUUCUGCAUUUCUGAAGAUUUUGGGUAAAAUUAAAUAUUUUGGUCUAGUGAAUAUUUCGCGAAUCAAUAAAAAAAACAAUACCUAUUAUAAGAUAACGUUAUCAAAUUAUAGGUAUGAUAUUAGCUGAAACAUUAUUGUUUUCUCUUUCAUUAAUCGAUAGCGGUGGUAUAUUGUUUCUUUUGGUGUACUAUAUUAUCACUCUUUCUGACUUGGAGUGUGACUAUUUAAAUGCACAAGAGUGUUGUGAUAAGUUAAACUAUUGGUUGCUCCCUAAAUACAUCGCACACACGUUUGUAACAUUUACACUAUUGUUACAUGGACAAAUUGUUCUCUUCAUAUUGAACUUGCCUAUGUUUAUAUGGUUAUCAUUCGAAUAUUUUACUGUACCUCGAGGAAAUCUUGGCGCCUAUGAUCCAGCUGAAAUCCACAACCGUGGCCAAUUGAAGAAACAUCUGCGAGAUGUAAUGAUUUACAUUGGUCACUACCUAAUUUUCUUUUUUAUAUAUUUGUAUUGCUUCAUACUUUCACUUUUGAAAGGAGAUCCACUACAUAGAUCUGCAGACGACCAAAUUGUGACAGAAAUUUAAUUACAAUGGCAGACAAUAGUGAAAGUCAAAGUUCUUCAAGUUCAUAUGAUGAAACCAGUGAAGAAGUAAGUUCAAGUGAAGAAGAUAUAGUAGAAUGUGUCAAGGUACCUUUACAAGAACAUAUUGCUGCAAACUUAGAAAAUAGGGAACUAUUGCGAGAUGCAGAAGCAAUAACUUGCAAUACUACUUUAGUAGAUAAUGUGAUCAAUAAUUAUAUUAUCGCAAAGAUGAUUUUAAGUAAUUUGUCAUGGCAGGAGAAAAUUAUAUGCAAGCAUGUUUGUUCUACAUGGAACUCUGCUAUCUUUGCUCUGCAGCGGGAGCAGCUAUGCCCUGCUGACUUUGUGGUUGAUUUCAAGACUUUUAUGCUCAAGAAAUCUUAUACUUUUGACUCUGAACCUCUUGUAGUGUUCUCAUUUGCAAAUACAACCGGACUCAGCAUAUCAAGUAGUUGUUCCCAAGUGUCCUCAGAACAAGUACAUCCAUGGAACUUCAGAAGCUAUCAGGUCCCUCCUGCUUCCUGUAACACUAUGAUUCCACUUCGAUGCUCAAAAGUUUGUGGCCAAAAACAUUGUUGUAUUGAUUUGGUGCAACAUUAUGUGUGUGCUCCAAAACACUGUAUGUUGACAGUGAGGGCAGGUUACUUGUCAUACUUACCCUUGCAGAACUCUCCCACGCACAUCCAUACAAUUUUACGUUCUAUGUUUAGAAAGCCAUUCCCAUUUCUUGGAGGACUCUUUAUACCAGUCAUCCCUGAUGUCAAAUUCCAUGUCAUCAACAUAAAAUCUAACCGUAAUAUGCAGCGGGAUUUCUACAAUGUUGUCAAUGAAAUUGGCAGCAAUAGAAUUUUCAAAGGCAUACUUGUUUUUGUCACUGAAAACUUCCUCUUGCAGUCUGCUGAAGAUUUCUAUUACUUAAAUCAUUUUAGGGAAUUGCAACCAGACACUCCUUAUGCUUUAGGAGGUUGUAUAGUUGAAGACACAAUGUUUGGACCAACUGAUAUUGACCAUGUGAUAGACCGUGUGAAUGAUGGUACAGAUUUUGUGAGUGAGAACUUAAUUUCUAUUGGAAUGUUUACUUUGCCCAAGAUCAGCGAGCUGGAUCAGUCUGAGAAGAAUAACUUUGAGGUGUUUUCUCUAGUUAUAGAAUCAUCAGAUUCUACCAAGGCGAAAAUACAGAAGACAAUAACUGAGUUCUCGAAUAAAGUACCACGUUUUGAGCACAGCAUAGUGUUGAAGCUAUCCUGUAUCGGGCGCGACCAGAAACACGAUGUCGAACAAAACUUCUUCCGAGACGCGUUUCCCAACACCAGGCUUAUCGGGUGCUAUGGUAAUGGGGAGCUGGGGCUGAACCAUCCCGAGCGGGCCACAGACGACAUGCCUAGCCAUAAGAGGUUCUGCCCUGAACAAGGUCCACAAAUUGGAAUUAUUUAUUCUUAUUCCACUAUUUUCUUUUACAUCGGCUGGGGCAAAAUUACAUCUCCCCAAGGCCCUGUGAAGGUCUAACAUCGAUAUCUUGUAAUAACUUAGAGCCUGCCUAGCUUGAUGUGAAAUAGUUGCAUUUUAGUUCUUAGUAACCUGAAUAUUGAGCCAACAAACAGUUAAUUACCAUCCAUUCAUGGUUUUCUAAAAACAGACAACCGAUUCAAGUCUAAAUAAACCCUAGCAGUGUAAUUAAGCAUAUAUACCUAAAGGGACAAUUUUAGGAUUUUAUAAUUUAUACAAAUUUACAAUUAUUUAUAGGUUUUCAAAAUUAUUUUCUUAAGAAAUUGUCAUUAUGGACUCUAACAUGUUGCUUGUAAUUUUGUACUGUGAUACCUUAUGUCUCUGGGUUUAAUGUUUUAUUCCUACGUAGUUUUAGGUAAUUAAAUUAUAUUUAUUAUGUCUACAUAUCGGAUCGUUUGUAUUCAAUCCGUAAUUUCGGGAAUGUAAAUUUAUAUAACUAGUUUUUCGCCGCGAACUUAGACCUCGCAAAUAAUAUUUUUUUACAAAAUUGUGAAUAAUUCUUAAACGACUGAACCGAUUUUGAUACCCCACGAACUUAAAAAUUCUAUUGGCAUACCCUACAUACCUUUUAAAUUUCAUCAAAAUCAGACCAACGGUUCGAAAGUUAUCGCGUUACAAACAUACAUACAUACAAAUAUUUUUGCCCCAAGUAGAACGUUCGACUCGCUCGCUUCGCUUGCUCGGCCAUUUACAACAUUAAUUGUAAAUACAAUGUGUUUAUAGCUACACGUUAGUUUUGCUGAGCUAGUUCCGCAAGUUCUACACAUAUUCUGCGUCUAAGUUAUAUCGUCGAUAUUAUUGAUGUGUAAAUGUAAUGUGAUGUAUAAAUGUAUCGACUCAAACUUGUAAUUAAGUAAGUACAUAGAGAAUAAUCUAAUUAAUCAUAUUGGAAUAAGCGAAAAAAUCAAUCACUUUCAAGGAUCCGCGUCAGGGUCAUGUCGGAAAUAGAUGAAAACAUUUCGCCGACCCGAUCCGACCCUACUACGAUAAUUGGGAUGUGAAUAUUGUUUUGGUGGCUUCAACCUAUCUACCAUGAAAUUAGUACUUCCAAGCGAAUACAUAUUAUGAGAGCCAACUUAUAGUGUAUUUUACAUGUAUUCGUAAACACACUCGAGUUCCAAUUCACACUUGUCGCAACUUCAUUUGUACACUUUUUACUUUAUUUAUUUUCGUUACGCUACUUUGAUAUUGGACAACUUCUGAAGUUGUACGCAGUUUGUCUAAUGUCUAAGUACUUUGUUUUAAUAAAACAUCAGUUUUUGUUAUCCCAGUAUUUGGAAUAAAAGUACCUAUAUCUUAGAAAUUUCGCUAUUUUCGGUAAAUCCCCAUUCUUUGAAUUAAGGCGUUGGCUCUAUACCUGCAUGUAUGACUAGAGAUAAGAUAGCAUUAUUUAUAAACGGACACCAGUGUAUGAUUGUUUGUUACCGAUAUAAUAUUAAUCGAUUUUUAAUCAAUGACAUUCACUUUGCUAGUCUUUUGUAGGUACAAUACAUACUUAAAAUUCUUA